CAUCCGCUCCAGAGGCGACUGCCGGCUGCAUUUCCUCCGUUGUGAGAUGACGUAUCAGCCCUUUAGUUAAUACUGAUGUAAUUACCACGUCAGUGUGGAGCGAGUGUCAACAUAUGUUGCUGUCAAUUUGGUCGGUUGAGCCGAUUGUUACACCUGCCCACGUGACACACGUCACGUCCAGCAUACAUAAAUAGGACGUAUGACCAGAAUGAAUGAAAGUAGAUGAAUACAUGUUUUUUUAAAAUAUAAUCACAAGCUAAUUGUAUCGCUUGAUUUUUGUUCAGCACAUUAAGCUGCACUGUUAGAUUAUAUAGUGGUUUAAAACGUAACGCUUUUCCUCUUUCGACCACUAUGAACAGUGAUUGAUGCGAUUUGCUGACUGUUUCUUCUCUGUAAAGACCAGCAGAAAAGCAGUGAACUAACAUGCCGUGACGCUGUCCAGCAAUGUUUUGGUUCCUGGCGGUGACGUAAUACACAAAAACAUGGUUCCCUUGUUUUGAACCUGAAACGCGUGCUAAGUGUUUUCCUGUAACUUCACUCCGCAUGAAGAUGCAUUUCCGAAAGCGAGCGGCUGGGACGCAUUGAUGGGAUGACGAUGGCUCAGGCCGUGGAGACGUGUGCGGAAUCCGGACGCAGGCUGCGCUCCAUCUGCCGAAGGAUGUACGACGAAGACGAGGAUUUGUCCGAUGUUGAAGAAAUUGCAAACAUCCGAGGUUUCAGUGUGGAGGAGAAGCUUGUCAGUGACAGUUACAGCGCCACGUUUGUCCACUUCAUGGAGGGUAAAGACUUCUCCUAUGAAUACGUGCAAAGGGAGGCUCUGAGGACUCCACUCAUAUUCAAAGAGAAAGAUGGACUAGGGGUCAGGAUGCCUGAUCCAGAAUUCACAGUCAGUGAAAUUAAAGCCUUAGUUGGGAGUCGUCGGUCUGUGGACGUUAUGGAUGUGAGCACUCAGAAGGGCUCUGAAAUGAGCAUGGCUCAGUUUGUUCGUUAUUACGAGACACCAGAGGAAGAGCGGGACAAACUCUUCAACGUCAUCAGCUUAGAGUUCAGCCAAACUAAGAUGGAGAACCUCAUCAAGCGGCCCACAGUGGUCGAUCAAGUCGACUGGGUGGACAACAUGUGGCCUCCCGAUCUGAAACAUAGCCAAACAGAAGCCACCAAUGUAAUCUCAGACAUGAAGUAUCCUAAAGUGCAAAGAGCGCUGCAUACAGUCGAUCUUAUCCAUCUCAUGUAUUGUUUGAUGAGUGUGAAGGGCUGCUACACAGACUUCCACAUCGAUUUUGGCGGAACUUCGGUUUGGUAUCACGUCUUCAAGGGACAAAAAGUGUUUUGGCUCGUGCCUCCGACCCCUCAUAACCUCGCCCUCUAUGAGGACUGGGUCCUCACAGGCAAGCAGAGUGAUAUCUUCCUGGGAGACCGAGCUGAUGGAUGCCAGAGAGUAGAGCUCGAGCAAGGAUACACGUUCUUCAUCCCAUCUGGGUGGAUUCAUGCUGUCUACACUCCAGAGGACACGCUGGUAUUUGGAGGCAAUAUUCUGCACAGCUUCAACAUUCCUAUGCAGUUUACCAUCCACGAGAUAGAGAACAGGACUAAGGUUCAUUCCAAGUUCCGCUUCCCCUUCUACUACGAAAUAUGCUGGUAUGUCCUGGAGAGAUACCUGCACUGUCUCACCAAACGCUCCUACUUCUCUCAGGAGAUCCGCAAAGAGCCUGUGCUGAUGGACUAUGAGACCAAGGCAAACACAGAGAGCCCCUCCUCAGACUCAAGGAGCCAGGACAUGAACGAGGACUCGUGCGAGACUCAAGUCAGGGAUGGCCAGAGUGAAAAAGCAGAGAAAGCGGCGCAGGAUGGGCCCGGCUCUCCUGACAACCGGCGGGGCCAGCACCUCAAAGCGGUGUUAUCUGUUGACUCUGAGGACAGCUGUAAUCCCGGCUCCACCUCUCUGGACUUCCCUCAAACCCCCUCUGACUCUCCAGCCUCGGAGUCUCCGAAUAAAUGGAUGCAUUUGACCGAGUUUGAACUGAGCGGACUUCGGACGCUGGUUGAGAAGCUGGAGUUGCUCCCCGAUAACAAGAAGUGUGUUCCCGAGGGAAUCGAGAAUCCACAAGCCCUGCUGGAAGACAUGAAGGUUGUCUUAAAAGAACAUGCUGAUGAUGAUCCCAAAUUAGCAAUCACUGGAGUUCCCGUGGUUUACUGGCCAAAGAAAACUGUAAAGCCCCGGCCGCUCAACCGGCCCAGACCUAAGAUGGCAGCUUCUCCUGCAUCAGCAGUCAAGCUGUCAGCCGGUGGGGGAACAUCUGGUGCCAGGAGGAGGAGGACGCGCUGUCGGAAGUGUGAAGCAUGCUUACGGACAGAGUGUGGAGAGUGCCACUUUUGUAAAGACAUGAAGAAGUUUGGUGGGCCGGGCCGCAUGAAGCAGUCCUGCAUCAUGAGGCAGUGCAUUGCACCUGUCCUGCCACACACAGCAGUGUGUCUCGUCUGUGGAGAGGCAGGGAAAGAGGACACAGUGGAGGAUGAGGAGGAGAAGUUUAACCUUAUGCUCAUGGAGUGCUCCAUCUGCAAUGAGAUUGUUCAUCCUAACUGUCUUAAGGUGAAAGACUCAAACGGAGUCAUCAAUGAUGAAUUGCCAAACUGCUGGGAGUGCCCAAAUUGCAAUCACGCUGGGAAAACAGGGAAACAAAAAAGGGGGCCAGGAUUUAAGUACGCGUCAAACCUUCCUGGUUCGCUGUUGAAAGAACCGCGGUUAAACCGGGAUUCAAAAGAGGAGCCCGACCCACCCAUGUUGGCCACGGCAGCUGUUACUGCGUUGACUCCCACGUCUGCUGUGAAGAGAAAGGCAGAGCGGGAGGACGUCCCGAAGAGGAAAGAGGACGAGCCUCCGAAAAAACGUCCUCCCCUGCUGUCUCUGGAUGGUACGCUGCGUCCAAGGCUAGAGGACAACCCACUGAGGAAAAAAAGAAAGCUUUUUGACACCCAUGAUGAACCUGUAAUUGUGAAAAAGAAGAAGAAGCUUUCAAAACCAGAAGAUCUUUUGACUCCGAAGCUGUUUCGGCAAAUCAAGACAGAGAACAAUAACGGCGACGAAGACGAUGACCAGGAGGAUCAGGAAGAAGAUGGAUUUCCUUUGGACAGGAUUCAUUUCAAGGGGAAACAUGAAUAUGACGAUGAGGACCAAGCAGAAGACGAGGAGGGAGGGGAAGAGGAGAUAGUGAAAAAAGAGAGAGACAGCAGUGCAGAAGACAAAGCCAAGGUCCUGUUAAGUCCACUGCUCAGAACGUCCGAACAAGCCACCAACUCUCCCAGAGCUGGACCGAGCAGCGAAUCAGGAGAAGCACAGGACAGAAACUCCGCUCAGCUAAAGGCUCGCCAUCAGCGUCGACGCCUCCCCAACAAAGAGCUGAGCAAAGAGUUCAACCAGGAGAUCCCCAAGACCGAAGACUGUCUCUCCAGCCAAAACCACGGCUCAGUGAAGACGGAGGACGGCUCAGCCAAUCACAAUCGUCGACCACUGAAGAGCGAGGACUCCGUGGCCAAUCAGAUCCGUAAACCGCUAAAAACAGAGGAAGGUUCGACCAAUCACAACAGAUGCCCACUGAAAGCGGAGGAUGGCCUGGCCAAUCAGAACCACAGGCCUGUAAAAACGGAGUCUGAGAACGAAGUGGAGGACCAAAAGCCUCGAUGGACGCUUAAUAACGGCAGCAGCGACCUGGGCGACUGGCUGCGACACAGGGGGGGGGAGGCGAACGAGACGCGGCGUGGCUACUCGCCGCUGGGCUGGAACAGAGGCGCCCAGAUCACACCCGUUUGCCCCCGCCCACUCCCCUGCCGGUCACCGCCAAAAUGCAUCCAAAUGGAGCGCCACGUGAUCCGGCCCCCUCCCAUCAGUCCUCCGCCGGACAGACUCCCGCUGGCCGACGGUGAGGCGCACGUGAUGCGGAGAGAGACGUGGAUGUCCGUGUUCGGCCACUUGACUCACAGAGAUCUCUGUGUGUGCAUGCGCGUCUGCAGGACCUGGAACAGAUGGUGCUGCGACAAGAGGCUUUGGACGCACCUCAAUCUGAACCGCUGCAAGUCCAUUACACCGCUCAUGCUGAGCGGCGUCAUCCGGAGACAGCCGGUCGCUCUGGACCUCGGCUGGACCAACAUCUCCAAAAAACAACUCAGCUGGCUCAUCAACAGACUGCCGGCUCUGCGGGUGCUGCUGCUGUCAGGGUGCUCCUGGGUGGCGGUCUCUGCUCUUUGCACCUCCAGCUGUCCUCUUCUGAGAACUCUGGAUGUCCAGUGGGUUGAGGGACUGAAAGAUUCCCAAAUGAGGGACCUGCUGUCGCCUCCUACGGAUAACAGGCCAGGUCAGUUGGACAACAGGAGUAAACUGCGUAAUGUGGAGGACCUUCGCCUGGCAGGCCUGGACAUCACUGACACGUCUCUGCGCCUCAUCAUACGCUACAUGCCCUCGCUGUCCAAGCUGGACCUCAGCUACUGCAACCACGUCAACGACCAGUCCGUCAACGCCCUGACCGCUGCAGGGACGACCACCAGAGACUCGCUCACCGACGUCAACCUGUCAGUCUGUAACAGGGUCACAGACCAGUCACUGACCUAUUUCAAGCGCUGUGGAAGCAUCUGUCACAUCGACCUGCGCUACUGCAAACAGGUGAGCAAGGCAGGAUGCGACCGCUUCGUUGCAGAAAUGUCCGUCAGCGUGCAGUUUGAACUGAUAGAAGAGAAGCUGCUGCAAAAGAUCAGCUAGGAACACGGAGGACUGUGGAGCAUAGAGGAAUGUGGAACACGGAGGACUGUGGAUCAUAGAGGACUGUGGAACACGGAGGACUGUGUGCUGCUCGCCAGCGGGGACGUGCCUGUCCACACGGAGGCAGCAAACAACUGCGCUGACGUCUGCGUCCCCAACGGGAUGUGGAGGGGGGGGGGGGGGGGAGCUGUGCUGCUCGGCCAGAAUGUCAAAAUGCAAAUCUUGUCCUGUGAAGGCAAUAUUGCAAAAAAAAUGUUUUGUUGUUGUUUUCACUUGUUUAUAAGCUAUUUAUUUGUUUAUAUAUUGAUUGUUUACGUAUCGUAUCAUGACUAUCUUAUGGUUUCCGAUGCAAAGUUUAUUGCAUUUUAGUAAUAUUUUUGUAUCAGAAAGUGUUUCAUAUAUUUAUGUGCAGCAUUGAUUGCACCACUGUACAGUAUGAUACCAUUGGAAUUGAUAAUCAAUCGGCAUUACUGUUAAGCUCUUAAUUGUUGAGAGGCAAAGGUCGAACGAUGUGUUGCCAAACUGUAGGAUGGCAGCUUCUAUUUGUGUGUUUUUUUAUAUUUUAUUAUAUGUUUCAGUUCCCUGUUUGGACUGUAUAUUUUGUUUUUCAUACAAUGAUACAAUUUGCACUGAUACAGUAAAUAUGAAUACGUGAAUGUAUUCACAUAUACACUUUACAGUGUACAGUCUAUAAAGCUCUUUUUUUCCAACACUAAAAUGUUCCUCUAAUUCUACGAACAGCUUCUAGUUAACUGGGUUACAUGAAGACAUCUUUGGUAUUAAUUCAGCUUUGUGAAAGGACACGUUUGAGCGCUGGAUGCGCUAAAGACACAUGUUUACACCACAGUCGAUAGAUUUAGUAACUGAAACAAUAUAAACAUCUGUUUACUCCUGUCAGCUGAACUCCACAUGAUACACACAUUGGACUCAGUGCGGAAUCAUGCAAGAAAUAAAGAAGCAACAAUUAACAGAAUAAGAUGAGACAUUUGCACAAGUCUUUUGGACGAGGCAGCUUUUCCCCAUUUGACAGACAUGACCGACCGAGAGGCUGAAAUAUACAGGACUGUCUCAGAAAAUUAGAAUAUUGUGAUAAAGUUCUUUAUUUUCUGUAAUGCAAUUAAAAAAACAAAAAUGUCAUGCAUUCUGGAUUCAUUACAAAUCAACUGAAAUAUUGCAAGCCUUUUAUUCUUUUAAUAUUUAAUAAUUUUUUAAUUGCAUUACAGAAAAUAAAGAACUUUAUCACAAUAUUCUAAUUUUCUGAGACAGUCCUGUAUGUAUGUUGUAUAUUUCAACAUCAUCAUGACCCCAAAAAUGAGAUUAUAGUAAGAGAGCAGUAUUGUAUUUAUUGUUUCUAGCAGCAGAGAUGAAUAUAUUUAAUAUAAAAGAUAUAAAGCCAGUACCAGUAAACGUUGGUAAAUCCAUGUCAAUCUCCAGAGAUCAGCUUCUCACUACAAGGUUAAGAAACUGUUACAAAGAAAGAUUUUAUCCUGAAAGAUUUGUGCAAAUGUAAAAGUGUUUUAGUUUGUUCUUUUUUUAAAGUCAGAGAUUCCACUGAUAUAUACAUUUAACUGUUUAUUUUCUUUAAAAUAAUUUAUUUGAAGUCGGUAGCAUUUUCAUUGUAUGUUUUCUUUCACAUGUAUUCAUCAUCCAAAUAUUCAGUUCUAUAAAAAAAUGCUAAUUUUGCUAUUGAAACUUGUCCAACAAAUGUCGCACUCAACAGUUACAUUAUUUGAUAGAUAAACUUUUUUUAAAGAGAAAGUCUUUUUGACUAUCACUUGAUACAGUUCAGUGGGUUUACAUUUACAUGUUAUUAGUUUGUUUUUUAUUUAAGCAACAUGUUUCCAUUAAAUAUUUUAGUACAUUACUGUAAAUGUUCAAUCUGUACAUUAUGUACAUGUAAAGCCUCGAGGAAAAGUCAAGUCAACCUUUGAGAUAUUAAAUUCAUUUUAAAUACUGA